CUGGAUAUUCAACCAAGCAAGCCCUGGCCAUCGAUAUCCGUGCAAAAAGGAUGCUUGGUAUUGGCCCUACUAUUUAGUGUUGGCUGGCCUGGUCCAAUGAUUGGGUCAUCGGGCCUGGCAAAUUGGCAAUCGAGAUCACGUGGUUAUCACGUGCAGUUCGCGAGUACGGUGCCCAGACAAGCUUUCGACAUUCGCAUCCAUGUACAAAGUUUCACUUCACUAAUGCCACAACAAUCUGCAGAUAGUGACGAUGAAUUUCCAGACGAUAUUGGACAACUGGACUUGAGCAACGUCCCAGGUCUUCAGGAACUUCCAAUCGCAGCUUCAAUCAGACCUUUGAAUGAUCCUCCCCACACCACUGUACCAGUGCCGCUAUUGCAAUCAUCUACAUCACCCCUGCCUUCCGAGUACGACUGCGACGAUGAGAUAGACGAGUCCACCAUCGCCGCCUUAGACGCUCUCGAAGCCCAGUUCACACAUGGUCGACCUCGACUCGGGGCUUCGCCUUUGACAGCUCAGCCUUUGAUUGCUACUCGCGCCGCUGUUCGUGCUUUAGAUGACCGCAAACGCGGACCGUCGUCACCGCGAACAUCGCCCGCCAGCAAAAAAGGCAAGAUAAGUGCCGAAGACAGAGUUGAUACAACAAACAAUAUACUCGAAGGAUUAGAAGCCGAGAUUGUUUGUCCAAUAUGCUUUGAUAUCAUGGUUGCAGCGCACCUAUGCAAUCCUUGUGGCCACAGCUGCUGCGGAGAAUGCGCUCAAGUGUGGGUGGCUCAGAAUAAAAUGUCUCCAACAUGUGCUAUGUGCCGUGCUGCGCUAUCUACUACCAAAGCGCUUAUUCCCAACUAUGCCCUUGACGCUGUAAUCCGUCAAUACAUUCGUGUUCUUGCCGCCAGCAGACGACCAGAAUGGCAGGAGAAGGGUGACAGAUUAACAGAGUGGAGGAGGCGCGACGAUAAAUGGAGGAGUAUCACCCAAGCACAGGCAGCAAAAGCAAAGGCACAAGAACAUGCUCGUAGAAGGCGCUAUCAAGGUUCUGUUUCUUACGUGCCACUGGCGUUUGAACCUCUCGGAGCGUAUACGAUUCGAGACUAUGAUGAAGAUGAUGAAGAUGAAGACCCAACAUAUGAAGAUGAUGAGCCUGUGGAGAUUUUCCCUCUUCAAAGAAUUCUAAGACGGCAACCACUCCUCCCACAGACGUUUUAAACGGACCCUAUUCAAUAUCCCCUAUCGUAAUUGCAACUUGUAGUAUCACGGUCGCAUUGCCUGCCAUUAAAUGCGACUCAGAUCAGUCAAUGGCAGCUAUUUGUUUGGUGUUUCCUCGAGACACACUGCCGUUUUUACUCUCCGACGGCUAUCAAGGGUACGUAAUGAAUCUGGGGCAAGUGC